AUGGGCUCUCGCAAUCGGCAUACCACCCUAGUCUUGGUGUUGCUAUACCUCGUCUAUGCGCCGCGCUGGGCCUUGUCGCCCUCCUUCAACCUCAACUUCUCCGACCCCGGUGCAAGUUCAUGGAUCACCUUCGCCGGUGAUGCUUUCCCCACUGCGUCAAUGCUUGAGCUGACAAGAAAUACACAUGAGCGAGCUAUAAAUGAAAGCGUCGGCCGGGCGUGGUACUCGUACAAAGUGCCGCUCUGGAGCAACGCCACCGGCGAGAUGGCUAGCUUCACCACCACCUUCUCCUUUCAAAUCAUUCAAGCACAAAGCCUUGAGCUUACAGGCGAUGGGAUGGCCUUCUUCCUCGGCCAUUUCCCUUCGGCGGUCGUGCCUGAAAGCCAGGGUGGCAGCCUAGGCCUACUCCCUGACCCGGCCUUUGCUAACGGGAUAGAUGAUAGCCGGAUCGUCGCCGUUGAGUUUGACAGUUUCCUCAAUGCAAUAUAUGACGAUAUCAACGUGAACCAUGUCGGCAUAGACGUCAACUCCAUCAAGUCCACAGCAUCCACCGACACGACGACCUGGCCGGGCAAGAACCUCACGUCGUCCAUUGUGAUGGAAGCCACUGUGACGUACCACAAUGAAUCCAAGAUGUUGGCCGUUGAUCUCCUCAUCGGCGAUGCCUUGUACCAGGUCAAUGCAAUUGUUGAUCUAAGAAGACAUUUACCGGAGCAAGUCGCUAUCGGCUUCUCCGCGGCGAAUGGCGUCCUCGUCGGGCUGCACCGAAUACUGUCAUGGUCAUUCAGUUCCACUCUGGAACUAUCUUCUCCUCUUCAAACCAGCAAAAAUGCCGAUAGAGAUGGCCUCGAGAGAGGUGUGGCGGCCAGCGGCCCAAAGCGGUACAAGUACCGCGACCUAGUCGCCGCAACAAGCAACUUCGCGGAGGAGGAGAAGCUCGGGCGAGGUGGCUUCGGGGGCGUUUAUCGGGGUCACCUCACACAACUUGCAGCCGCCGUCGGUGGUCAGCAAGACCAUCGUGCGGUAGCGGUGAAGGUGUUGUCAACAGAGUCGUCGGAGCAGGGGAGGAGGGAGUUCGAGGCAGAGGUGAAGGUCAUCAGCAUGCUGAAGCAUCGCAACCUUGCGCAACUGCUGGGUUGGUGUGACAGCCGCAAGGGGCUCUUGCUUGUCUACGAGCUCGUCACAGAGGGCAGCCUAGACAAACAUCUCUACAGCAAGGACAAAUGUCUGACAUGGCCACAGAGAUACGAGAUCAUCCUCGGCUUGGGAUCCGCGCUGCACUACCUCCACCGAGAGGGGGUGCAGUGCGUCGUGCACGGCGACAUCAAGCCGAGCAAUAUCAUGCUCGACUCGUCGCACAGCAGCAAGCUCGGGGACUUCGGGUUGGCCCGGCUCAUCGACCACGACACGGGAUUGUUUCAGACCACCAAGGCCGUGCAAGGCACCGUCGGCUACAUCGAUCCGGAGUUCGUCAACACGGGCAGGCGCAGUACCGAGUCCGACGUGUACAGCUUCGGUGUCGUCCUCUUGGAGAUCGUCUGUGGCCGGCCACCAGUGGUUGAAACUGCUGGCAAAACCUUCUCGCUGCUUAGAUGGGUGUGGGGCCUGUACAGCAGGGGUGCAAUCCUUGAUGCUGCGGACCCGCGGCUGAAGGGCGUCGAGGCCAAUGAGUGGUGGAUGGAGCGGGUGCUCGUCAUCGGGCUCUGGUGUGCGUUCCCGUACCGGAGCGAGCGGCCGUCCGUCAUGCAGGCCAUGCACUUCCUGCAGUCCGAGGAGGCGACUCUGCCGGAGCUCCCCCAGCACAUGUACAGGGCUGUACGGCCGGAUCUUGCCUUGUGCAACCGGCAAGGGGAUUACUCUAUCGACGAUGGCCCCCGCCCCGGUUGUGUUGGCUCUUCUUCGGCUAACAUCGGCAACACCAUUCUUUCUGCCGAGUCAUCCUCAACUGCGUUGCUACGACAUUCAAAGUUUCCAACGGUCUAG